UUUGGAGUCACAAAACCCUGUCACCCGAGUGGGACAUCCGUUGCGUGGCUCUGUCGCCCAGGACUUAAAGCAUCAACUGGAAUCAGUUUGUAUUUGAAAGCUGUGUCGGUACAGAGAUUUGAUAUUAUUGUGGAAUGACCAACAAAUUAACAAUGUCAUUUAAUCAACAAGAAAGGCUCUUGUGUUAUAAUGGAGACAUCCUUAUUUUUCAGCUGUCUAAAGGAAAUUUUUCAGAUGAAAUGCCUGCAGAGAUGUCCAUAUUAUAUGUCAGUAAGAUGGCAUUUGAUAAUGAAACCAGAACAUUUGCUCUGAAGUCCACUGGAUUCUUUCCCAUACAGAAUGAAAGCUCUCAUUUAAAAAUUAUAUUUUGCAAUUGUGUGUCAGAUUUACGAACUGGAAUUAAUCUCCCUUAUAUUUUGAUACAAAACAAAAAAUUGGACAGUGUUUUUGAAUAUUGUUUACUGUUUCUCCACAGCAACAAUAAGUUUGAAAAGUGCCUGAGUUUUAGUCUAGACUAUGAAAUGAAUGAGACUGUAAGAGUCCUUAAUGGUCCUUUACUUUUAUGGCAAUAUGUCAACACACUCUACUGUAUCUCUUCCCAAAUUGGCAAAAUCAUUAGCAUAUCAGCUAGUUUUUCCUCUAUUUUGUGGAUAGGUGAGAUUCAAAAUCUAGGUAUAGUUUUAUUGGGGCUAAUGGAAUAUACCAGAAAACCUUUAGAAUCAGAUUCUGAAGCUUGUAAUAGCAAAUUUUGUGUGUAUUCUCUUCAAAGUCAAAAAGUAUUAAGUGAUACCUAUAUUAUUCCUCCUGCUUAUACUAAUGUGGUAACUUACAUUCAUAUCUGUACAACUGAGAUUGUCAACAACCAGUUAAGAAUGUCUCUGAUUGCCCUUACUCAAGUGAAUCAACUCAUUUUAUUUCACAAUGGGAUCCCGAAAAGUAUGUGCCAGCUUCCAUUUGAAGGUCCUUGUACAGUUCAACCUUUGGUCCCAAGUGGAAGAAGCUUAUUUUUCAUUGUUUCAUUUAGAUCCAAUCAAGUUUGUGCUGUUUCAGAAAAGGACUUUCAGGUUACUGCGAAAUGGGAAAAAUUUAGCUUAGCACUGGUAGAUGACUUUCUUGGAAAUGGAAGAGAACAAGUGCUGCUCCUUUUAAAGGAUUCCUUGAAUUCAGAUUGCCUGACUUCAUUUGAACUAACAGAUAUGAGUGACAUAAACUACUCAAGUGAACCAGUGGAGUGUAAUGAAGAGGAUUCAUUUGACGAAUACGAUGAGAAACGUUGUUUGGUGAUUCCACCUCUGCAAAGCAGAAUACUAGUAUAUUUGGGUGCAAUUCAGAGAUUCAAGGAUCUUCUAUUGCUUAAGGAAAAAUUUAUUUUAAAAUAUUGGAAAACUUUAAUAAACGUGAUUCGAGAUGAAAGUGCACCAAAUAUAGAGGAGGUACCUCUUGUUCAUUUUUGUGGGGAAGGAGAAGAGGAAGAAGAAUCUGCCAAUACCUUCAAUGAAAAGUUGCCAGACGUUUUUCAUCAUUCAGACCAGCAAAUAGAGAAGAUAUGGUAUCGUGUAUUGGAUGAUAAUUUAAUUGUUGGAGUAAAAACCACAUCUUCUUUGAUGGUUUCCCUGAAUGAUGUGACGUUAUCGCUAUUAAUCGAUAAAACCUAUAAUCCUGUCUCUCGGUUAAUUAACUGUCAAAAUAAGGUGAUUAGAUUGACUACGGAUUCUUUCUCAGCACCACAAGUGAAGCCACAUGAAAUAGGAUCUGAGGCAAAAAGGAUCAAGUUGCCUCACAAGAAAGAGGAAAGCUUUGUUGGUGAACAGCCAUCUAAGAAAGAGUGUGAAGAGAUAAUUGUUGGUGUGACAUCAUUUUCACCAUUUUUAUCAUUGAAUAAAUUUUGUUGUAUUGUGCUACUACAAACUAAGGAGAGAGAAAAUGGUAAAAGUCCUGAAAAUCGCUUUAUUUCAUGUGGCAGACUUUAUAUAAGUCUUGAAGAUCUUUCAAACGAGAAAUUCCUACUGACAUUUCCAGAGAAGAAACCAACAGUGCAUAUAGAAGAUCUUUUUGCACUUCUCACAGCGUUGAACAAAAACUGUUUUCAAGUCACAUCAUCUGACAGUGCCCUGAAUUUAAUGAAGAUGUGGCUUGUAGAAUACAUGAAUUGUGAAGUAAUCAAAGAAUUUCCAGAAAUAUGCGUUUGUAUAGAGCCAAGAGAUGUCUAUGGGACACUCUUCAAGUGGAAACAAAGAACACAAUUUGAAGGCAUUUUAACAAUAUAUACCAGGAAUCAAACAGUUUUGUUCCAGUGUCUUCAUAAUCUUAUCAGACAUCUCCCUAUAGAAUGUUUCUUUCAAAAUCUAAAAUCAGGAAGUGAGGAUCUGCUAGUUGAUUAUUCUGCAUUAACUCUGGAGAAGGAAAUACUUAUCCCUGCUUCUUGUAGUAUCUUAACCUUACAUAAGUUUGAAAGCAGCUAUGUUCAAGAAUGUGAAGCAAACAAAGAACAGAGUAGUACCAUGACAACUUCACCACAGAUAGAGGAUGUAAACCAUCUGUACAGAAAUGAAUUGAGGGAGAAACUGAUGAAGAUGAACUUACAAGUGAGUGGUUCUUUUUACAGAGCAAUGACUUUGAAAUUACCUGAGAUUCAGUUGCAAUCAGAUGUUGUUGCACAGAAAAUGACUCAUUUUUCACUGACAUGAAGUUUUUGUUCCCUUGUUAUAUGCCUCUGUUAAAAAAAAAAGAACCUAUUGUAGUCUACUACAAUCUUUAGGUGAUGUAUAAAAUUGUAUUCUUUAU